GUGGGCGGGGGCGGCGCGACCCUCCCAGCGCGGGGCAGUGGGCUUCCAGGCCGGCGCGGGGGCGGGACGGACAGCCUCACACCGACAUGUAACCAUGGACUGCAGGACCAAGGAAAAUCCAGAAAGAACCUUUGACUUGGUAUUGAAAGUGAAAUGUCAUGCCUCUGAAAAUGAAGAUCCUGUGGUAUUGUGGAAAUUCCCAGAGGACUUUGGCGACCAGGAAGUACUACAGAGUGUGCCCAAGUUCUGUUUCCCCUUUGACAUUGAAAGAGUAUCUCAAAAUCAAGUCGGACAGCAUUUUACCUUUGUACUGACAGACAUUGAAAGUAAACAGAGAUUUGGAUUCUGCAGACUCACAUCAGGAGGCAAAAUUUGCUUGUGCAUCCUUAGUUACCUGCCAUGGUUUGAAGUAUAUUACAAGCUUCUUAAUACUCUGGCAGAUUACUUGGCUAAGGAACUGGAAAGUGAUUUGAAUGAAACUCUCAAGUCACUCUAUAGCCACCCAGUACCAAAGGCAAACACUCCUGUCAGUUUGAGUGUGAACCAAGAGAUAUUUAUUGCCAGUGAGCAAGUUCUGAAAGAUCAGCCCUUCCUAGUACCGCAUUCCUACUUCAUUGCCCCAGAUGUAACUGGACUCCCAACAAUUCCUGAGAGUAGAAAUCUUACAGAAUAUUUUGUUGCUGUGGAUGUGAAUAAUAUGCUGCAACUGUAUGCCAGCAUGUUACAUGAGAGGCGCAUCAUUAUUACCUCUAGCAAAUUAAGCACUUUAACUGCCUGUCUCCAUGGAUCAGUUGCCCUGCUAUACCCAAUGUACUGGCAACACAUAUACAUCCCAGUGCUUCCUCCGCACCUGCUGGACUACUGCUGUGCCCCAAUGCCAUACCUGAUUGGAAUACACUCCAGCCUCAUAGAGAGAGUGAAAAAUAAAUCAUUGGAGGAUGUGGUUAUGUUAAAUGUUGACACAAACACUUUAGAAUCACCAUUUAAUGACUUGAACAACCUACCGAGUGAUGUGGUCUCGGCCCUGAAAAAUAAACUGAAGAAGCAGUCUACAGCUACGGGUGAUGGAGUAGCUAGGGCCUUUCUUAGGGCACAGGCUGCUUUGUUUGGAUCCUACAGAGAUGCACUGAGAUACAAACCUGGUGAGCCCAUCACUUUCUGUGAGGAGAGUUUUGUAAAGCACCGCUCAAGUCUGAUGAAACAGUUCUUGGAAACUGCAGUUAACCUCCAACUUUUCAAGCAGUUUAUUGAUGGUCGACUGGCAAAACUAAAUGCAGGAAGGGGUUUCUCUGAUGUAUUUGAAGAGGAAAUCACUUCAGGUGGCUUUUGUGGAGGAAACCCGAGGUCAUAUCAACAAUGGGUACAUACAGUCAAGAAAGGAGGUGCACUGUUUAACACAGCAAUGACCAAAGCAACUCCAGCUGUACGGACAGCAUAUAAAUUUGCAAAAAAUCAUGCAAAGCAGGGAUUAAAGGAAGUGAAGAGUAAGCUAAAACACAAGGAAAAUGAAGAAGGUUAUGGGACCUGUUCUGGUUCUGUACAGUAUACACCAGUUUACACAUUACACAAUGAAAAGGGAGGAAAUAUAGAAAAGCGUAAGCUUGCUCAGGCACACUUAAAAAGACCUCUUAGGAGUCUUGAUGGUACUCUGUAUGAUGAUGACUAUGACGAGAGAGCGAGCAAGUUGUCCUCUGAAGAUGGAGAAGAAGCUUCUGCUUAUUUUUAUGAAAGUGAUGACUCCGUUGAAACAAGAGUAAAGACCCCUUACUCAGGCGAAAUGGACCUCCUAGGAGAAAUCUUAGACACAUUGAGCACACACAGCUCAGACCAAGGAAAGCUAGUGGCAGCGAAGAGCUUGGAUUUCUUCAGAUCAAUGGAUGAUAUUGAUUAUAAACCUACGAAUACAUCCAAUGCACCCAGUGAGAAUAAUCUGGCCCUGCUUUGCAGUGGUUCUGGUGAUCAAGCAGAGUGGCAUCUCGGGCAAGAUGAUAGUGCCCUCCAUGGCAAACACCUUCCUCCCUCUCCCCGGAAGCGGGUUUCCUCCAGCGGUUUGACAGAUUCUCUGUUUAUCCUGAAAGAGGAAAACAAUGAAAAAUACCUCAAUGUUGACAAUAUGAGGGAGCCUGCGGUCAUGGAAAAGCCAGCUUCUGCUUCAGGGUUCGAUCUACAGCUUGCUUCACCUGAAGUUUCCGAAAAUGAAAAAGCUAAAACAGAAAAGAAAGAAACACUAAGCCAGAUUUCAGACGAUCUGCUUACACUCAGCCUUGGGCGACGUUCAUCUACUUUUGUUCCUUGGGAGAAAGAAGGGAAAGAAGCCAAAGAGACUUCAGAAGAUACUGGACUACUUCAUGAAGUAGUGUCAUUAUGUCACAUAACAUCUGCCUUCCAGCAAGACUUAAACAUUUCAGAAGAAAACACGAGUGGAAACCACCCUUAAAUCAACUAUUAAGAGUCAUUCACUUGCAUCCAAACUUCUAAGGAAACAUUUUAGAAUUCCUUGUAAUCUCUAUAGUAAACAGAUUUGUAGGAAUGAGAGUUCUUA